AUGCGGGACCGCUGCAGCGUCAGGGCAGCCCCGCAGGAGGGCAGUAAGCCCUCUCUGCUCGCGGCAGGCCUCGGCGUCUCGGGAUUUGGGUUGGUUUCCUGCGUGUCCGGCCAGAUGCGCCAGCCCGGAGGUACGUCGAAACGGAGCUUUGGCGCGCGGUUCGUCGGCCCCUCGCGGGGCCUGAGCGCCUGUGCGCGAGCCCAGGCCGCGGCCCGGCCCGCUGGUGCCGGGGACUGUCCUCGGGAAUCCCAGCCCCUCGGUGAAGAGGCCCCCUGUGCACGGGUGUUUCGUGUGAUCUUGACCGAAUCGUGGUUGGCGGCCUACCCGGCGGGAUGUGGGCAGUCAGUGCGGAAGGUUGCGGCUGCUGACCGAGGUCGGUCUGAGUUAAUUGUUAAGAAUUGGCUAGGGACUGAGCUUCUCGGUGCCCAAGAAGCACCAAGUGGAGAGGACCUGUAG